CAAGUCCUGUCCUGAAAAACAUGUCAUUUGGAAGAGAGCAUAUGUUGCUCUAAAACCUUUACAUACAUGUCAGCACUAAUGGUGUGUUUCCACAUGUGCAAACUGCCAAUUCCAUGGGCACUAAUGCUGGAGAACAACAGCCAGUGUAAGAUGGAGAAGAGAGUUCACUGAACAGAAAAUAAUUGAAGUCACGCUGCUGUGUUACAUCAGUGUCCAUUGAGAACACAUAAGAAAGGGGGAGGGGAGAAAUGAAGGUCCAGAAACAGACAAUUUCAUCAGAUUUGAAAGCUUAAACAGACUGUGUCUGCUGCUACUCUUGUCCUCAUCUAGAUGAUGGAGAACAAGGACAGUAUAUGCUUUCCAGAACUCUUCAACUCUUCCUGCAGGAGACGAGCACUUCACUGGUCUGAAACUGUGCCCCUAAAUAUCCUGCUGUGCUCCAUCUCUGCGAUCACUAUAGCUCUGAACCUCCUUGUCAUCAUCUCAGUCUCCUACUUCAGGCAGCUCCACACACCCACUAACAUCCUCCUCCUCUCUUUGGCUGUGUCAGACUUUCUUGUGGGGUUCCUGUUGCUGCCUGGAGAAAUCUUCCUAGGAAUAGCCUGCUGGGCUUUCGGUAACCUUUUGUGUUCUCUCUUUAAUUAUGUGUCUUUCAUCAUUACCUCGGCUUCAGUGGGAAACAUGGUUCUCAUAUCAGUUGACCGCUAUGUGGCGAUUUGUUAUCCUCUGCAUUACUCUACCAGAAUUACUGUGACCAGAGUUAAACGCUCUGUUUGUUUGUGUUGGCUCUGUUGUGUUUUGUACAGUAGUGCCCUUUUAAAAGAUGAGCUGAUUCAACCAGGAGGGCAUAAUUCCUGCUAUGGAGAAUGUGUUUUUGUCAUCAACUUUAUUGCAGGAACUGUUGAUCUUUUGUUAACCUUUAUUGUUCCUAUUUCUGUUAUCGUAGUUCUGUAUAUGAGAGUAUUUGUAGUGGCUGUGUCUCAGGCCCGUGCCAUGCGCUCUCAUGUUACAGCUGUCACACUGCAGCUUUCAGUGAAUCUCACAACAAAGAAAUCAGAGUUGAAAGCAGGAAGGACUCUUGGUGUUCUAAUAGUUGUGUUUCUAAUGUGUUUCUGUCCAUACUAUUGCGCUUCUUUUGCAGUGGAAGACUCACUCAGUGAGUCAUCCACAUCCCUUGUCCGUUAUCUCUUCUAUUUUAACUCCUGUUUGAACCCUGUGAUCUAUGCACUAUUUUACCCCUGGUUUAGAAAAGCUAUUAAACACAUUGUCAUGCUUCAGAUAUUUCACACUGGCUCCCGUGAGGCCAACAUACUAUAGAGAGGACCUAAAUGAG